AGGAAGGAAGGAAGGAAGGAAGGAAGGAAGGAAGGAAGGAAAGAAAGAAAGAAAGAAAACAGGAGCAGGGGGCGGGGGAUGCUUAUCAAAGAAAGAGAUCUGAAUUAAGCAGGAAGAUUAUAUGCAGAAGAAAAUGAAAUAAUUGUUGUCAAAUUUGGAACUCUUGUCAGAAGCAAGGGUGAGAAGUGCUUAGAACAUGUUCUACUUAUGGCACGUUUGAGUGUCAAGACAUGAAUGUUGUUGCCUUUGCAAAAGGAACACUAUAAAUGGAGUGUGUUGGGAGACCAUCCAUGAUUGUAGAGAAGUAGGAUCAUGUUUUUCCUUUAAAGUAUUUGUUAGAGCGCAUUUCUGUGCCAGGCUGCCUCGUGGAGACUUCCCAGAAGAAUGGUGUGGCUUGGUGGUGGGAUUUAGUCAUCUCUGGACGGAGCUGGGCACCUGAGCUUCCUCUUCUGGAGCCGAGAUGCUUAAGACAGCUAGUGCAACGAACAAGGAUGAAAGCCAAAGCAAGGAACCAGAGAGAUGGCUCCCUCCCUUAGGUCCCGUGGCAGUCGAUCCUAAAGGUUGUGUCACCGUAGCCAUCCAUGCCAAACCUGGCUCCAAACAAAAAGCUGUAACAGAUGUGACAAUGGAAGCCUUAAAUGUAGCUACGGUAGCACCUCCGUCAGAGGGAGAGGCUGAGCUCUGUCGGUACCUUUCCAAGGUUUUAGAACUUGGGAGGAGUGAUGUGAUUUUGAAUAAGGGUGGUAAAUCUCAUGAAAAGGUGGUGAAGCUUUUGGCCUGUACAACUGCAGAAGAGAUCUCAGAGAAAUUUAAAAAGGAAGCU